CCUGGACUUCGUCAACGUCCAAGCUUUUGUUUCAUUCAUUAUUUUCUAUUUUUCAACCAAUCAGCGCAUAGCACUGUCUAUCUGCCCUACCCUGACGCGGCUUGCCAAACCUAUCCAAAUUAACCAAAGGGGGGCAGCUGGAACACGCAAAUGAAUUAUUCCGCCUGUAUUGCCUUUAUAAAUUCCCAUCCUCUUCACAAUUUAGGAUGGUCGCAAUUCCACCAUGUACUCCUUGAGGCAAUUUUUGGUUCUUUUCAUUGCCUAUCAUGGUGCCUAUGUCGAAGCGCUUCCUACGCAGGGGGUGCAAGCCGCGCCACCAAGCGAAUUCACAGCAAACCCUUCCAUCGGGGGAGGAGGAAGUCAAUACAAGGACUCGGCACAUUUCCGCGUCUACGGUGUAUCCAGCUCUACCGCUGACCAAACACUUAAAGUAAUGGAAGCAGCACAUCAAUGCUUUGUCGAGACACUUGGCUGGCGCACACCCGGACUGUCAUACAAAAGCGACAGCGGUGCUUAUUACAAGGAAAAUAUUUACCGUGUUGAUGCGAGUAGUAUGCCUGGUGCCGCUGCACAGACUUGGACCGAUGCAACUGCGGGAUUGGCGUAUUUGAAGGUUGUGGAACAGUAUAUGACAACGCCAGGGGUGAUUGUGCAUGAGUACGGGCAUGCAAUGACGUAUUCAGAGAAGAAUUGGAUUGAUCAGACAAGAACCGGCGCCUGGUGGGAGACUAUUGCUAACUUUAUUGCUGACACCUAUGUCUCCACUCCUGUUUGCGAAACGGCCAAAGCAAAAUCUAGCCUCCCGAGCGGCGACAGCUUGAUCGAGCUUAAAGAAGUCAUCGGCAACUCAUACAAAGUAAUCGUGGAUGGGACAUCGGGAUCCGGGAACUACUACCAAGCCUGGCCGUUCCUCUCUUAUAUCACCAACAAUCCAGACAACUAUUCCGGCCUGGGUUCUCAGGCUCUCCUCAACAUGAUACGGAAGUACAAACUCAAUAGUAAUGAGACGCCUUUGCACUCACUCGAGCGUCUUUUAUCCGGCGUGACUAUCCAACAAGUUGUAGGAAGAUACUGGGCGCGGAUGGCUUAUGUGGAUAUCGGGCAUUCAAAAGCGCAGCAAAUGUUCAGUUCUCAAAAGAAGAGCUUGACAUAUGCAAACUUGGAUUCGAAUGGGAACGGGAAGUAUACUGUGAAGUCUGCUCGACAACCUCGGUAUAUGGGAUCCAACAUUAUCCCUCUGAAAGCGACGAGUUCGACGAUUAACGCUUCUGUCACAGCAAGUGGAGCAUUUACAGCAAGCCUUGUGGUCAAGGCAUCAAGCGGAACGUUCCGGUAUGUGGACUUGGUGAAUGGAAGCGGGAGUGUGACGAUUGCGAGUGGAGAGGAGGCGAGUUUAGUGGUAGCGAACACUCCGUCGUUAGUGCAGUAUGAUCCUUUUUCGAUUCCGGCGGAUGUAAACAAAGGAUUGAGCUAUUCGAUUCAAAUUUCCGGGGCUACGGCCUAGGAAAGAGUUAGAUACACCCUUGUUACUAUUCUUGGAAUACCAUUUUCCCGUUUGAAAUCAAUUUGCAUGCCGUAGAUAGCUAGGCAGCAAACAU